AUGGACCAUCUGCACACAGUUGCACAUACAGCUGUUGUGACAUCAUCAGCACCGCACAUUACAUCGACCGAAACAACCACAAGUGAUCUGACAACCUCAACACCAGACAUUGCAUCAACACCAGGGACUGAUACAGCCACAAUUGCCCCGACAUCAUCGACACUGGAUUUUACGUCAAUACUAUCAACCGAUACAUUCACUCUGACAUCCUCGACACCGGAUUUUACAUCAACAAUAGCAACCGAUACAGUCGCAAUUGCUCUAACAUCCUCGACACCGGAUUUUAUAUCAACAACAGCAACCGAUACAGUAUCAGUUGAUCUGACAUCCUCGACACAAAACAUUACAUCAAAACCAAUAACUGAAACGGCCACAGUUGCUUUUACAUUCUCAGCUACAUACUUUACAAUAUCACUAGCGACCGAUACAGUCACAGUUGCUCAUACAUUUUCGACAACGGACAUAGCACCAUCACAAGCCACUGAUACUGUCAUAUUUGUUCCGACGUCCUCAAUACCAGGCAUUACAUCAACACUAGGGAUUGAUACAGACACAAUUGCUCCGACAUCCUCGACAACGGAUUUUACAUCAGUAUUAGCAACCGAUACAGUCACUCCGACAUUCUUGACACCGGUUAUUACAUCAACACAAGCAACUGAUACAGUCGAAGUUGAUCUGACAUCUACGACACCGUAUUUAAAAUCAACAAUAGCAACCGAUACAGUCACAGUUGAUCUGAUAUUCUCGACACCGGACAUUACAUCAAAACCAAUGACUGAAACGACCACAGUUGUUUUGACAUCUUCAACACCAUACAUUACAAUAUCACUAGCGACCGAUACAGUCACAGUUGCUCAGAGAUUUUCGACAACGGACAUUACAUCAUCACAAGCGACUGAUAUUUUCAUAGUUGUUCCGAAAUCCUCAACACCAGGAAUUACAUCAACACUAGGGUCUGAUACAGACACAUUUGCUCCGACAUCCUCGACACCCGACUUUACAUCAAUACUAGCAACCGAUACAGUCGCUCCGACAUCCUUGACCCCGGAGUUUACAUCAACACAAGCAACCGAUACAUCCUCGACACCGGAUUUAAGGUUAACGAUAGCAACCGAUACAGCCGCAGUAAAUUUAACAUCCUCGACACCGGACAUUACAUCAAAUCCAGUGACUGAAACGGUCACAUUGGCUUUGAUAUCCUCAGCAACGGACGUAACAACAUCAAUAGCGACCGAUAUACUCGAAGUUAAUCCGACAUCACCGACACAGAAAGUUACAUCAUCUCAAGUGGCCGAUACCGCCACAGUUGAUCCGACGUCCCCAAUACCGGACAUCACAUUGACACUAGCGACCGAUACAGUUUUAAUUGAUCUGACAUACUCAAUACUGGGCAUUACAUUAACCGAUACAGUCACAAUUAUUUCGACAUCCUCAAGAUUGGACGUUACAUCAGCACUAGAGACCGACAAAGUCACAGUAGUUCCGACGUCCUCAACACCGGUCAUACCAUCGACUGAUACAGUCACAGUUGAUCUGACAUCCCCAAAACCAUACAUUACAUUAUCAGUAGCGACAGAUACAGUCGCAGUUGCUCUGACAUUUUCGACAACGGACAUUAUAUCAUCACAAGCGACCGAUACUGUUAUAGUUGCUCAAAAAUCGAAAUCCUCAACACCAGGCAUUACAUUAACAAUACGCACUGAUACAGCCACAAUUAAUCCGUCAUCAUUCACACCGGAUAUAAAAUCAUCACAACCACCCGAUACAACCACGUUUUCUCCAACAUCCUAUACACCGGAUUAUACAUCAACAACAGCAACUGAUACCGUUGCAAUUGCUCCGACAUCGUCAACACCGGAUUAUACAUCAAAAAUAGCGAUCGAUACAUUCACAGCUGCUCCAACAUUUUCGACACCGGAUAUUAUAUCAACACUUCCAACCGAUACAGUCACAGUUCAUCUGACAUCCUUGACACCAGACAUUACAUUAACACCAGGGACUGAUAAAGCCACAAUUCCUCCGACAUCCUCGACACCGGAUUUUACAUCAAUACUAUCAAGCGAUACAGUCGCUCUGAAAUCCUCGACACUUGAUUUUACAUCAACGUUAGCGAUCGAUACAUUCACAGCGGCCUCGACUUCCUCGAUACUGGAUUUUAUGUCAAAACUAGCAAUCGAUACAGUCACAGUUGAUCUGACAUCCUUGACACCAGACAUUACAUUAACACUAGGGACUGAUAGAGCCACAAUAAAUCCAACAUCCUCGACAUCGGAUUUUAUAUCAAUACUAGCAACUGAUACAGUCGCUCCGAUAUUCUCGACACCGGAUAUUACAUCAACACAAUCAGCCGAUACUAUCACGGUUCCUCCAACAUCCUUGACACUGGAUUAUAUAUCAAUACAAGCAACGGAUGCAAUCGCCCCGACAUCCUCGACACCGGAUAUUACUUCAGCACAACCACCCGAUAGAGUCACGGUUUCUCCAACAUCCUCGAUACCGGAUUUUAUAUCAACAAUAGCAGCCGUUACAUUCACAGUUGAUCUGGCAUCCUCGACACCGGACAUUACAUCAAAACCUAUGACUGAAACGGCCACAGUUGCCUUGACAUCCUCAACAACAUACAUUACAAUAUCACUAGCGACCGAUACAAUCACAGUUGCUCAGACAUUUUUGACAACGGACAUUACAUCAUCACAAGCGACUGAUACUGUCAAAGUUGUUCCGUCAUCCUCAACACUAGCCAUUACAUCAACACUAGACCCCGAUACAGACACAAUUGCUCCGACAUCCUCGACAUCGGAUUUUAUAUCAACACUAGCAACCGAUACAGUCGAAGUUGAUCUGGCAUCCUCGACACCCGAUAUUACCUCAAAUCCAGUGACUGGAACGGUCACAGUAGCUCUGAUAUCCUCAGCAACGAACGUUGCAACAUCAGUAACGAUCGAUAUACUCGCAGUUAAUCCGAUAUCCCCGACAUCGAAAGUUACAUCACCUCCAGCGUCCGAUACCACCACAGUUGAUCCGACGUCCUCAAUAACGGACAUCACAUUAACACUAUCGACCGAUACAGUUUUAAUUGAUCUGACAUCCUCUACAUCAGAUUUUAUAUCAAUGCUAGACACUAAUACAGUCACAGUUGAUCUGACAUCCUCAACAGCAGACAUUACAUUAACACUAGGGACUGAUAGAGACACAAUUAAUGCGACACCCUCAACACCAGAUUUUAUAUCAAUACUAGCAACCGAUACAGUCGUUCCGACAUCCCCGACGCCGGAUAUUACAUCAGCACAACCAACCGAUACAGUCACGGUUGCUCCAACAUCCUCGACACCGGAUUUUAUAUCAACAAUAGCAACCGAUACAGUCUCAGUUGAUCUGACAUUCUCGACACUGGACAUUACAUCAAAACCAAUGACUGAAACGGUCACUGUUGCUUUGACAUCUUCAACACCAUUCAUUACAAUAUCACUAGUUACCGAUACAGUCACAGUUGCUCAGACAUUUUCUACAACGGACAUUACAUCAUCACAAGCGACUGAUACUGUCACAGUUGUUCCAAUAUCCUCAACACCAGGCAUUACAUCAAAACUAGGGACUGAUACAGACACAAUUGCGCCGACAUCCUCGACCCCGGAUUUUACAUCAAAUCUAGCAACCGAUACAGUCGCUCCGACAUCCUUGACACCGGAUAUUAUAUCAACACAAGCAACCGAUACAGUCACAGUUGUUCCAACAUCCUCGGCACUGGAUUUUACGUCAACGAUAGCAACCAAUUCAGUCACAGUUGCUCCGACAUCCUCGACACCGGAUUUUAUAUCAACACUAGCAACCGAUACAGUCGAAGUUGAUCUGACAUCCUCGACACCCGAUAUUACAUCAAAUCCAGUGACUGAAACGGUCACAGUAGCUUUGAUAUCCUCAGCAACGGACGUUACAACACCAGUAGCGACCAAUACACUCGCAGUUAAUCCGAUAUCCCUGACACCGAACGUAACAUUACCUUCAGCGACCGAUACCGUCACAGUUGAUGUGACAUACUCAAAACCGUAUAUUACAUUAUCAGUACCGGCAGAUACAGUCGUUUUUGCUUCGAAAUUUUCGACAACGGACAUUACAUCAUCAAAAGCGACUGAUACUGUUAAAGUUGCUCCGAAAUCCUCAACACCAGACAUUACAUUAACAAUAGGAACUGAUACAGCCGCAAUUAAUCCGUCAUCCUCGACACCGGAUAUUACGUCAUCACAACUAACCAAUAUAGUCACGGUUUCUCCAAAAUCUUCGACACCGGAUUAUACAUCAACAAUAGCAACUUAUACCGUUGCAGUUGCUCCGACAUCUCCGACACUGGAUUUUAUAUCAACACUAGCAACCGAUACAGUCACUGUUGAUCUGACAUCCUCGACACCGGACAUUACAUUAACACCUGGGAUUGAUACAACAACAAUUGCUCCGACAUCAACAUCAACCUUAGCGUUCGAUAAAGUCACAGCUGCUCCGACAUUCUCGACACCGGUUUUUAUAUUAACACUAGCAACCGAUACAUGCACAGUUCAUCUGACAUCCUCGACACCGGACAGUACAUCAACACCAGGGACUCAGACAGCUACAAAUGCUCCGACAUCCUCGACACUGGAUUUUUCGUCAAUACUAUCAAGCGAUAUAAUCGCUCUGACAUCCUCGACACCGGAUUUUACAUCAACGUUAGCGAUCGAUACAUUCACAGCUGCUCCGAUAUCCUUGACACCGAAUUUUAUAUCAACAUUAGCAACCGAUACAGUCACAGUUGAUCUAGCAUCCUCAACACCAGACAUUACAUUAACACUCGUGACUGAAACGACCACAGUUGCUUUGACAUCCUCAACACCAUAUAUAACAAUAUCACUAGCGUCCGAUACAGUUAUUAUUGCUCAGACAUUUUCAACAACGGAUAUUACAUCAGCACAUACGACUGAUACCCUCAUAGUUGUUCCCACAUCCUCAACACCAGGCAUUACAUCAACACUAGGGACUGAUACAGAAACAAUUGCUCUGACAUCCUCGACACCAGAUUUUUCAUCAAUACUAUCAACCGAUACAGACGUUCCGACAGCCUUAACACCGGAUAUUACAUCAACACAAGCAACCGAUACAGUCACAGUUGUUCCGGCAUCACCGACACUGGAUUUUACGUCAACGAUAUCAACCGAUACAGUCGAAGUUGCUCCGACAUCCUCGACACCGGAUUUUAUAUCAACACUAGCAACCGAUACAGUCGAAGUUGAUCUGACAUCCUCGACAUCGGACAUUACAUCAAAUCCAGUGACUGAAACGGUCACUGUAGCCUUGAUAUCCUUAGCAACGGACGUUACAACAUCAGUAGCGACCGUUACACUCGCAGUUAAUCCGAUAUCCCCGACACCGAAAGUUACAUCACCUUCAGCAACCGAUACCGCCACAGUUGAUACGACGUCCUCAAUAUCGGACAUUACAUUAACACUGUCGACCGAUACAGAUUUAAUUGAUCUGACAUCCUCGAUGCCGGAUGUUAUAUCAAUGCUAGACACCGAUACAGUCACAGUUGAUCUGACAUCAUCAAAAGCAGACAUUACAUUAACACUAAGGACUGAUACAGCCACAAUUAAUCCGACAUCCUCGACAUCGGAUUUUAUAUCAAUACUAGCAACCGAUACAGUCGCUCCGACAUUCCUGACACCGGAUAUUACAUCAACACAACCAACCGAUACAGUCAGUGCUGGUCUAAUAUCCUCGACAUCGGAUUUUAUAUCAGCAAUAGCAAGCGGUACAGUCACAGUUGAUAUGACAUUCUCGAAACAGUACAUUACAUCAAAACCAAUGACGGAAACGGUCACUGUUGCUUUGACAUCUUCAACACCAUACAUUACAAUAUCACUAGUUACCGAUACAGUCACAGUUGCUCAGAACUUUUCGACAACGGACAUUACAUCAUCACAAGCGACUGAUACUGCCAUAGUGGUUCCGAUAUCCUCAACACCAGGCUUUACAUCAACACUAGAGACUGAUACAGAUACAAUUGCGCCGACAUCUUCGACUCCGGAUUUGACAUCAACACUAGCAACCGAUACAGUCGCUCCGACAUCCUUGACACCGGAUAUUACAUCAACACAAGCAAUCGAUACAGUCAAAGUUGUUUCAACAUCCUCGGCACUGGAUUUUACGUCAAGGAUAGCAACCAAUUCAGUCAAAGUUGCUCCGACAUCCUUGACACCGGAUUUUAUAUCAACACUAGCAACCGAUACAGUUGAAGUUGAUCUUACAUCCUCUACACCCGAUAUUACAUCAACUCCAGUGACUGAAACGGUCACAGUAGCUUUGAUAUCCUCAGCAACGGACGUUACAACAUCAGUAGCGACCAGUACACUUGCAGUUAAUCCGAUAUCCCUGACACCGAACGUAACAUUACCUUCAGCGACCGAUACCGUCACAGUUGAUGUGACAUACUCAAAACCGUAUAUUACAUUAUCAGUACCGGCAGAUACAGUCGCUUUUGCUCCGAUAUUUUCGACAAUGGACAUUACAUCAUCACAAGCGACUGAUACUGUUAUAGUUGCUCCGAAACACUCAACACCAGACAUUACAUUAACAAUAGGAACUGAUACAGCCGCAAUUAAUCCGUCAUCCUCGACACCGGAUAUUACGUCAUCACAACCAACCAAUACAGUCACGGAUACUCCAGCAUCCUCUACACCGGUUUAUACAUCAACAAUAGCAACUCAUACCGUUGCAGUUGCUCCGACAUCUCCGACACCGGAUUUUAUAUCAACACUAGCAACCGAUACAGUCACAGUUGAUCUGACAUCCUCGAAACCGGACAUUACAUUAACAAAUGGGACUGAUACAGCAACAAUUGCUCCGACAUCUUCGACACCGGAUUUUACAUCAGUACUAUCAAGCGAUACAGUAGCUCUGACAUCCUGGACACCGGAUUUUACAUCAACGUUAGCGAUCGAUACAUUCACAGCUGCUCCGACAUCCUCGACACCGGAUUUUAUAUCAACACUAGCAAUUGAUACAUGCACAGUUGAUCUGACAUCCUCGACACCGGACAUUACAUUAACACUAGGGACUGAUACAGCUACAAUUGCUCCGACAUCCUCAACACUGGAUUUUUUGACAGUACUAUCAAGCGAUAUAGUAAUUCUGACAUCCUCGACACCGGAUUUUACAUCAACGUUAGCGAUCGAUACAUUCACAGCCGCUCCGAUAUCCUUGACACCGAAUUUUAUAUCAACAUUAGUAACCGAUACAGUCACAGUUGGUCUGGCAUCCUCAACACUAGACAUUACAUUACCACUAGGGACUGAAACAACCACAGUUGCUUUGAUAUCCUCAACACCAUAUAUUACAAUAUCACUAGCGUCCGAUACAGUUAUUGUUGCUCAGACAUUUUUGACAACGGAGAUUACAUCAUCACAAGCAACUGAUACCCUCAUAGUUUUUCCCACAUCCUCAACACCAGGCAUUACGUCAACACUAGGGAUUGAUACAGACACAAUUGCUCCGACAUCCUCGAUACCGGAUUUAACAUCAAUACUAGCAACCGAUACAGUCGUUCCGACAGCCUUAACACCGGAUAUUACAUCAACACAAGCAACCGAUACUGUCACAGUUGUUCCAACAUCCUCGACACUGGAUUUUACGUCAACGAUAGGAACCGAUACAGUCAAAUUUGCUCCGACAUCCUUGACACCGGAUUUUAUAUCAACACUAGCAACCGAUACAGUCGAAGUUGAUCUGACAUCCUCGACACCGGGCAUUACAUCAAAUCUAGUGACUGAAACGGUCAAAGUAGCUUCGAUAUCCUCAGCAACGGACGUUACAACAUCAGUAGCGACCGAUACACUCGCAGUUAAUCCGAUAUCCCCAACACAGAAAGUUAAAUCGCCUCUAGCGACCGAUACCGCCAAAGUCGAUCUGACGUCCUCAAUAUCGGACAUAACAUUAACACUAUCGCCCGAUACAGUUUUAAUUAAUGUGACAUCCUCGACACCGAAUGUUAUAUCAAUGCUAGACACCGAUACAGUCACAGUUGUUCUGACAUCCUCAACAGCAGACAUUACAUUAACACUAGGGACUGAUACAGCUACAAUUAAUCCGACAUCCUCGAUACCGCAUUUUAUAUCAAUAAUAGCAACGGAUACAGUCGCUCCGAUAUCCGCGAUACCGGAUAUUACGUCAGCACAACCAACCGAUACAGUCACUGCUGCUCUAACAUCCUCGACACCGGAUUUUAUAUCAACAAUAGCAACAACGGAAGUUACAACAUCAGUAGCGACCGAUAUACUUGCAGUUAAUCCGAUAUUACCGACAUCGAAAGUUACACCACCUCAAGCGACCGAUAUCGCCACAGUUGAUCUGACAUCUUCAAUACCGGACAUCACGUUAACUGUAACGACCGAUACAGUUGUAAUUGAUCUGACAUCCUCGAUACUGGGCAUUACGUCGACCGAAACAGUCAAAGUUCGUUCGACAUCCUCAUCACUGGACAUUACACUAGCACUAGAGACCGACAAAGUCACAGUUGUUCUAACGUUCUCAACACGGUUCAUAACAUCGACUGAUACAGUCACAGUUGAUCUGAUAUCCUUGACACCAGAUUAUACAUCAACAAUAGCAACUCAUACCGUUGCAGUUGCUCCUACAUCCUCGACAUCGGAUUUAAAAUCAACCUCAGAGGUUGUUACAUUCACGGCUGCUCCGGCAUCAUCGACACUGGAUUUUAUAUUAACAGUACCAACCGAUACAAUCACAGUUGAUCUGACAUCCUCGUCACCUGACAUUACAUCAUCACAACCGACCGAUACAGUCAGGGUUGCUCCAACAUUCUCGACACCGGAUUAUACAUUAACACUAGCAUCUGAUACCGUUGCAGGUGCUCCGAAAUCCUCGACACCGGAUUUUAAAUCAACGUUACCGAUCGAUAUAUUCACAGGUGCUCCGACAUCCUCGACACCGGAUUUUAUAUCAACACAAGCAACCGAUACAAACACAGUUGAUCUGACAUCCUCGGCACCGGACAUUACAUUAACACCAGGGACUGAUACAGCCAGAAUUGCUCCAACAUCUCGACACCGGAUUUUACAUCAAUACUACAGCGAUAUAGUGUCAGCAUCCUCACACCAGGGGUUUACAUCGACACAAGCAACCGAUACAGUCACAUUUGUUCCAACAUCCUCCGCACCGGAUUUUAUGUCAACGAUAGCAACAGAUACAGUCGAAGUUGAUCUGACAUCCACGACAACGGAUUUUAUAUCAACAAUAACAACCGAUACAGUCGCAGUUGCUCCAAAAUCGUCACAACCGAAUUUUAUAUCAACAUUAGCAACCGAUACAGUCACAGCUCAUCUGUUACCCUCGACACCAGAAAUGACCUCAAAACCAAUGACUGAAACGGCUGCAGUUGAUUUUACAUCCUCAACACCAUAUAUAACAAUAUCACUAGCGACCGAUACAGUCACAGUUGCUCAGACGUUGUCGACAGCGGACAUAACGUCAUUACAAGCGACUGAUACUGUUAAAGUGGUUCCGGCAUCCUCAACACCAGGCAAUACGUCAAGACUAGGGACUGAUACAGCCACAAUCGCCCCGACAUCCUCGACACCGUAUUUUACAUCAAUACUAGCAACCGAUACAGUCGCCCCGACAUCCUUGACAGUGGAUAUUACAUCGACACAAGCAACCGAUACAGUCACAUUUGUUCCGGAUUUUAUAUCAACAAUAACAACCGAUACAGUCGCAGUUGCUCCAAAAUCGUCACAACCGAAUUUUAUAUCAACAAUAGCAACCGAUACAGUCACAGUUGAUAUGACAUCUUCGACCCUGGACAUUACAUCAAAACCAAUGACUGAAACGGCCACAGUUGCUUUGACAUCCUCAAUCCCAUACAUUACAACAUCACUAGCGACGGAUACAGUCACAGUUGCUAACACAUUUACGACAACGGACAUUACAUCAUCACAAGCGACUAAUACUGUCAUUGUUGUUUCGACAUCCUCAAAACCAGACAUUACAUCAACAUUAGGGCCUGAUACAGAUACAGUUGCUCCGACAUCUUCGACAUCGGAUUCCACAUCAAUACAAGCGACCGAUUCAGUCGCUCCGGCAUCCUUGACAUCGGAUAUUACAUCAACACAAGCAACCAAUACACACACAGUUGUUCCAACAUCCUCGACACCUGAUUUUACGUCAACGAUAGCAACCAAUACAGUCGCAGUUAUUCCGUCAUCCCCGACACCCGAUUUUAUAUCAACACUAGCAACCGAUACAAUCGAAGUUGAUCUGACAUUCUCGACACCGGACAUUACAUCACAUCCAGUGACUGAAACAGCCACAGUAGCUUUGAAAUCCUCAGCAACGGAUGUAGCAACAUCAGUACCGACCGAUACAGUUCCAGUUACUCCGACAUCCUCGACAUCGAAAGUUACACCACUUCCAGCGAUCGAUACUGCCACAGUCAAUCUGACGCCUUCAAUACCAGACAUAACGUUAACACUAGCGACCAAUACAGUUUUAAUUGAUCUGACAUCCUCAAUACUGGGCAAUCCAUCGACCAUUACAGUCACAGUUGAUCUGACAUCAUCAAAACCAUACAUUACAUUAUCACUGGAUACCAAUACAGUUGCAGUUGCUCCGACAUUUUCGACAACGGACAUUACAUCAUCACAAACGAACGAUACUGUUAUAGUUGCUUCGAAAUCCUCAACACCGCCGACACCGGCUAUUACAUCAACACAAGCAACUGAUACAGUCACUCCAGCCCCAGCAUCCUCGACACCGGAUUUUACAUCAACAAUAGCAACCGAUACAGUAGCAGCUGAUCCGACAUCCUCGACACCGGAUUUUAUAUUAACACUAGCAUCCGAUACAGUCACAGUUGAUCUGACAUCCUCGACACCAAAUAUUUCACCAAAACCAUUGACUGAAACGGCAACAGAUGCUUUGAUAUCCUCAUCAAUGGACGUUACAUCAUUAGUAGCGACCGAUACAGUUAUAGUUUAUCCGACAUCCCCGUCAUCGAAUGUUAUAUCACCUCUAGUGACCGAUACCACCAAAGUUGAUCUGACAUCCUCAAUUACGGGCAGCUCAUCAACUCUAACGACCGAUACAUCUUUAAUUGAUUUGACAUCCUCAUUAAGGAACAUAUCAUCGACUUAUACAGUCACAGUUCUUUCGACAGCCUCAUCACUGGACCUUAUAUCAGUAAUAGAGAAUGACAAAGACACAGCUGUUCCGCCGUCCUCAACACCGGACUUUACAUCUUCCCAUACAGACACAGAUGAUCUGACAUCCUCAGAACCGUAUAUUAUAUCACCACUAGCGACCGAUAAAGUAACAGUUGCUCCGACAUUAUCGACAACGUACAUUACAUCAUCUCAUGCUACUGUUACUGUCAUAGUUGCUCCGACAUCCUCAACACCAGACAUUACAUCAACACUGGGGACUGAUUCAGCCACAAUUGCUCCGACAUCCUCGACACCCGAUUUUAUCGAUACCGCCACAGUAGAUCCGACGUCCUCAAUACUGGACACCACAUCAACAGAAGCGACCGAUACAGCUGUAAUUGACCGGACAUCUUCAAUAAGGGACAUUACAUCUUUAGUUGAUGUGCCAUCGUCAAUAUCGGACAUUACAUCGACCAAUAGUGUAACGGUUUCUUCGACAUCCUCAACACGGGAUAUAACAUCAGCACUAUCGACCGAAAAAGUCACAGUUGAUCUGACUUCCUCGACACCGGAAAUAACAUCAACACUAGAAACUGAUACUAACACAGUUGACCUGACAUUCUCAUCAACGGACAUUACAGAGACGGACACAGUCGCAGUUGGUUUUACAUCCGUAUUAACGGACUUUACAUCAACAUUAGCGACCGGCAAAAUUUCCGUUGCUCCUACAUCCUCGACACCAGAUUUUAUAUCAAAACUUGCAACCGAUAACGUCACAGUUGAUCUGACAUCCUCGACACCGGACAUAACACAAGUGACUGAAACGGCCACAAUUUCAUCCUCAGCAAUGGACGCAACAUCCUCAGUAGCGACCAAUACAGUCACAUUUAGUCUGACAUCCCCGACACCGAAAGUUACAUCACCUCAAGCGAGGCCCUCAAUACAGGACAUCACAUCAACACAAGCGACCGAUACAGUUUUAGUUGAUCUGACAUCCUCAAUAAUGAGCAUUACAUUGACCGCUACAGUCACAGUUCUUUCGACAUCCUCGAAAUCGGACUUUAAUUCAACACUAGACACCGACAAUGUGACAUUUACUCCAACGUCCUCAACACCGCACAUUUCAUCGUCCGAUACAGAAACAGUUGAUCUGACAUCCUCAACACCAGACAUUUCAUCAACACUAUGGAUUGAUGCAGCCACGGUUGCUCCGACAUCCUCAACACCAGAUUUAAAAUCAAUGCUAGGAACAUAUAUAAUCGCCCCGACAUCCCCGACACCGGAUAUUACAUCAACACAAGCAACUGAUACAGUCACAGUUGCUCCAACAUCCUCGACACCGGAUUUUUCAUCAACAGUAGCAACCGAUACAGUCGCUUUGACAUCCUCGACACCGGAUAUUACAUCAACACAAACAACCGAUAUGAUUUUAGUUGAUCUGACAUCCUCAAUACUCGGCAUUACAUCGAACGAUACAAUCAGAUUUUUUUCGACAUCCUCAACAACGGACGUUACAUCAACGCUAGUGACCGAUAUAGUAACAGUUCCUUCAGCGUCCUUAACACCGAACAUUACAUCAACGACAGAUACAGACACAAUUGCUCCGACAUCCUCAACACCGUACAUUACAUCAACACUAGCAACAGAUAUAGUCACAAUUGAUCUGGCGUCCUCAACACUUGACGUUACAUCGACCGAUACAGUCACAGUUGAUCUGACAUCCUCAACACCGUACCUUACAUUAUCACUAGCGACCGGAACAGUCACAGUUGAUCUGAUAUCCUCGACACCGGGCAUUACAUCAAAGCAAAUGACUAAAACGGCCACAGUUCCUUUGACAUUCUCAGCAGUGGACGUUACAUCGUCAGUAGCGACGGAUACCGACACAAUGGAUCCGACGUCGACAAUACCGGAAAACACAUCAACAUUAGUGACUGAUACAGUUUUCGUUGAUAUGACAUCCUCAAUACUGGAUAUUACAUCGACCGAUACGGUCGCAGUUGUUUUGACAUCCGCAACACCGGAAUUUACAUCAACACUAGAGACCGAAAAAGUCACAGUUGUUUCGACGUCCUCAACACCGGAUAUUACACCAACGCUAGCGAGCGGUACUGUAACAGUUGCUUCAGCGUCCUCAACACAAAACAUUACAGCAACGCCAGCGACCGAUACAGUCACAGUUACUUCUACAUCCUCAUCACCGGACAUUUCAUCAACAAAAAAGUCCAACAACGUCAUAGUUGUUCCGACGUCCUCAACGUCGGAUAUUACAUCGACUGAUACAGUCACAGUUGAUCUGACAUCCUCUAAACCAUACCUUAUUUCAUCACUAGCGACCGAUAAAGUUACAGUUGCUCCAACACUAUCAACAAGGGACAUUACAUCAACACACGCGACCGAUACUGUCAUUGUUGCUCCGACAUCCUCAACACUAGACAGUACAACAACACUAGGGACUGAUACAGUCACAAUUGCUCCUACAUCCUCGACACCAAAUUUUACAUCAAUACUAGCAACCAAAACAGUCUCUUUGUUAUCCUCAACACCGGAUAUUACAUCAACACAAGCAACCGAUACAGACACAGUUGCUCCAACAUAUUCAACACCGGAUUUUACAUCAAUACUAGCAAUCGAUACGGUCGCUCUGACAUCCUCGACAUUAGAUUAUACAUCAACACACGCAACUGAUACAAUCACACUUUCUCCAGCAUCCCCUUCACCGAAUUUUACAUCAACAUUAGCAACCGAUACAGUCGCAGUUGCUCCGACAUCCUCGACAACGGAUUUUAUAUCAACACUAGUAACCGAUACAGUCACAGUUGAUCUGAAAUCCUCGACACCGGACAUAACAUCAAAACAAGUGACUGAAACGGCCACAACUGCUUUUUCAUUCUCAGCAACGGACGUUACAUCAUCAGUAGCGGUGUAUACUGCCACACUUCAUUCGACGUCCUCAAUACCGGAAAUCACAUUAACACUAGCGACCAAUACCGUUUUAGCUGAUAUGACAUCCUCAAUACUGGACAUUACAGCGACCGAUACAGCCGCAGUUGUUUCGACAGCCGCAACACCGGAAUUUACAUCAACACUCAAAAGCGACAAAGUCACAGUUGUUCCGACAUCCUCAACACAGGACAUUACACUAACACUAGCGAGCGAUACAGCAACAGUUGUUUCAAUGUCCUCAAUACAAAAUAUUACAUCAACGCUAGCGACCGAUACAGUCACAGUUGCUUCGAUAUCCUCAUCACCGGACGUUGAAUCAACAAUAGAGACCGACAACGUCACUGGUGUUCCGACGUCCUCAUCACCAGACGUUACAUCGACUUAUAGAGUCACAGUUAUUCCGACAUCCUCAAAACCGGAAAUUACAUUGACCGAUACGGUCACAGUUGUUUUGACAUCCGCAACACCGGAAUUUACAUCAACACUAGAGACCGAAAAAUUCACAGUUGUUUCAACGUCCUCAACACCGGACAUUAAACCAACGCUAGCGAGCGAUACAGUAACAGUUGCUUCAGUGUCCUCAAAACACAACAUUAUAGCAACGCCAGCGACCGAUACAGUCACAGUUGCUUCGACAUCCUCAUCACCGGACAUUCCAUCCAAAAAAGAGACCGACAACGCCACAGUUGUUCCGACGUCCUCAACGCCGGAUAUUACAUCGACCGAUACAGUAACAGUUGAUCUGACAUCCUCAAAACCGUAUCUUACAUCAUCACAUUCGACCAGUAAAGUCACAGUUGCUCCAACACUAUCGACAAUGGACAUUACUUCAUCACACGCGACCGAUACUGUCAUUGUUGCUCCGACAUCCUCAACACUAGACAUUACAACAACACUAGGGUCUGAUACAGUCACAAUUGCUCCUACAUCCUCGACACCAGAUUUUUCACCAAUACUAGCAACCGAUACAUUCUCUUUGAUAUCCUCAACACCGGAUAUUACAUCAACCGAUAUAGUCACAGUUGCUCUGACAUAUUCAACACCUGAUUUUACAUCAAUACUAGCAACCGAUACUGACGCUAUGACAUAUUCGACAUUGGAUAUUACAUCAACACAAGCAACUGAUACAAUCACACUUCAUCCAGCGUCCCCUUCACCGAAUUUUACAUCAACAUUAGCAACCGAUACAGUCGCAGUUGCUCCGACAUCCUCGACCACGGAUUUUAUAUCAACACUAGCAACCGACAAAGUCACAGUUGUUCCGACAUCCUCAACACAGGACAUUGCACCAACGCUAGCGAGCGAUAUAGUAACUGUUGCUUCGACAUCCCCAUUACUUGAUGUUGCAUCAACAAUAGAGACCGACAACGCCACAGUUGUUCCGAUAUCCUCAACGCCAGACGUUACAUCGACCGAUACAGUCUCAGUUACUCCGACAUCCUCAACACUGGACAUUACAUUGACCGAUACAGUCACUGUUGAUCUGACAUACUCAAAACCGUACCUUACAUCAUCACUAGCGAUCGAUAAAGUCACAGUUGCUUCAACAAUAUCGACAAUGGUCAUUACAUCAUCACCCACGACCGAUAUUGUCAUAGUUGCUCCGACAUCCUCAACACCAGACAUCUCAUCAACACUUGGGGCUGAUACAGUCACAAUUGCUCCGACAUCCUGGAUACUGGAUUGUACAUCAAUACUAGCAACUGAUACAGUCGCUUUGACAUCCUCAACACCCGAGAAGACAUCAACACAAACAACCGAUAAAGUCCCACUAGCUCUUAAAUCCCCGACACCGGAUUUUACAUCAACAAUAUCAACCGAUACAGUCGCAGUUCCUCCUACAUCUUCCACACCGGAUUUUAUAUCAAGACUAGCAACCGAUACAGUCACAGUUGAUAUGACAUUCUCGACAUCGGACGUUACAUCAAAACCAGUGACUGAAACGGCCACAGUUGAUUUGACAUCCUCAACAACGGACUUUACAUCAUCAGUAUGGAUCCAUACAGUCACGGUUACUCCGACAGUCCCGACACCGAAUGUUAUAUCACCACUAGCCACCGGUACCGACACAGUUGAUCCGACGUCCUCAGUACCGGACAUUACAUUAAUACUAGCGACCGAUACAGUUUUAAUCGAUCUGACAUCAUCAGCACUGGGCAUCACAUCGACCGAUACAGUCACAGGUGUUUCGACAUCCUCAACAACCGAGUUUACAUCAACACUAGAGACCGACAAAGUCACAUUUCUUCCGACGUCCUCAACACCGGACAUUACAUCAACGCUAUUGACCGAUACAAUUACAGUUGCUUCAGCGUUCUUAACACUGAAUAUUACAUCAACGCCAGCGACUGAUACAGACACAGUUGCUCCGACAUCCUCAACACCGGACUUUACAUCAGCACUAUUGCCAGAUAUUGUCACAAUUGAUCUGACAUCCUCAAAACUUUACAUUACGUCAUCACUUAGUCUAGCGACAGAUAUAGUCACAACUGCUCCGAUGUUUUCGACAAGGGACAUUACAUCAUCAGAAGCAACCGAUACUGCCAUAGAUGCUCCGACACCCACAACACCAGACAUUAUAUCAACAGUAGGUACUGGUACAGACACAAAUGCUCAGACAUCGUCGACACUGGAUACUACAUCAAUACUAGCUACCGAUACAGUCACACUUGCUCCGACAUCCUCGACACCGGAUUUCACAUCAACAUUAGCCACCGAUACAGUCGUAGAUGCUCCAACAUCCUCCACACUGGAUUUUACAUUGGAAACAGCAACCGCUACAGUUGCAGUUGCUCUGAUAUCCCCGACACCCGAUUUUUUAUCACCACUAGCAACCGAUACAGUCACAGUUUAUCUGACUUCUUCGACAUCGGACUUUACUUCAAAACAACCAGUGACUGAAACAGCCACAGCUGCUUUUACAUCUUCAGCAAUGGACGUUACUUCAUCAGUAGCGACCGAUACAGUAACAGUUACUCCGACAACGCCGACACCGAAUGUUAUAUCACCCCUAGUUACCGACACCGACUCAGUUAAUCCGACAUCCUCAAUAACGGACAUCACAUCAACACUAGAGAUCGAUACAAUUUUGGCUGAACUGACAUCCUCAACACUGGGCCUUACAUUGACCGAUACAGCCACACUUGUUGCGACAUCAACACCCGAUUUUACAUCAACACUAGAGACCGGCAAAGUCACAGUUGUUCUGACGACCUCAACACAGGACAUUAUGUCAAUGCUGGUGACCGAAACAGUAAAAGUUACUUCAGCGUCCUUAACACUGAAAAUUACAUUAACGCCAGCGACUGAUACAGACACAGUUUGUCCGACAUCCUCAACACUGCAAAUAACAUCGACUGAUACAGUCACAGCUGAUCUGACAUCCUCAAAGCCGUACAUUACAUCAUCACUAGCGACCGAAACAGUCACAGAUGCUCCGACAUUUUCGACAACGGACAUAGCAUCAUCACAAACGACUGACAGUGUUACAGUUGCUCCAAUAUCCUCAACACUAGACAUUACAUCAACACUAAGGACUGAUACAGCCACAAUUGCCCUGAUAUUCUCAACACCAGAUUUAACAUCAAUACUAGGAACCGAUACAAUCGCAUCAACAUCCUCGACAGCGGCUAUUACAUCAAUACAAGCAACUGAUACAGUCACAGUUGCCCAAACAUCCUCGACACCGGAAUUUAAAUCAUUGAUAGCAUCCGAUACAGUCGCAGCUGAUCUAACUUCCUCGGCACCGGACAUUACUUCAUUACCAGUGAAUAAAACGGCCACAGUUGCUCUGACAUCCUCGACACCAGAUUUUACAUCAACGAUAGUAACGGAUACAGUCACAGUUGCUCCGACAUCCUCGGCCUCUAAUUUGAUAUCAACACUAGCAACCGAUACAGUCACAGUUGUUCAAACUUCCUUGACAUCGGACAUUACAUCAAUACCAGUGACUAUAACGGCCGUAGUAGCUUUGAUAUCUUCAACACCCGACUUUCCAUCAACACUAGAGACCGAUAAAGACACAGUUUAUCCGAUUUCCUACACACAGUUCGUUACAUCACUUUUAGCGACUGAUACAGUCACAGUUGCUCCGACAUAUUCAACUCAGGACAUAACAUCGACCGAUACAAUCACAAUUGGUCUAACAUCCUCAAAAACGGACAUUACAUCAAUGCUUGAGUCCAUUACAGUCACAGUUGCUCAGACAUCCUCAAAACCGCACGUUACAUCACCCAUUGCGGCCGAAACAGUCACCGUUGAUCCGACAUCCUCAACACCAUACAUUACGCCAACCAACAAUGUCAUUACAUCAACAACAGAGAUCGAAACAGUCACAGUUGAUAUAAUAUCCUCAACACUAGACAUUAUAUCAAUACUUGCGAUUGAUACUGUCACAGUUGCCACGACAGCCUCAAUACCAGACAUUUCAUCAACACUAGUGAACGACACAGUUGUAGUCGAGUCGACAUCUUCAACACAAUUUACUGGUUUGGCUUCGGUCACAGGAACACUACCAGUGACAGACACAAUCGAUAUAAUGUUUUCUUUUACUAGUGUUACUUCUUUGAUUGCAACCACGAGCGUUACACUGUCAAGUACGGUUUCUUUGACAACAACAACUGAAACUGCGCCCCAAGAAACGUCUAUAACUGUAGUUGUUAUGAUAUUUCCUAUUAAUGCUUCUGGAAUAGAUCUAAAUAAUCAAACUAGUGCGGAGUACGUCCAAUUAAAAACGGAAGUUGAAAACCAGCUUGUCCGUGUUUAUACACGACUGAUUGGAAGUGAUUUCUUGUCGCUGACCAUCAUAAAUAUAAGACCUGGAAGCAUAAAAGUCUAUUACAAAGUGGAGGUUGCAAAAUCAUCCCAGGCUUCUAGUAACUUAAACAAGGCUCAUAUAGAUCUAGUAAGUGGGAAAGAAAAGAUAAAGGUACUAAAUCAAACAGUGUCGGCUGAUUCAGUGGAAACUGACAAUAUCACAGUUACACAAGCCGAUGUCAAUGACGCAUCAAAGCUUUGUGGUCUUUACAUUGCCACUGCUGGUGAAUGUCAAGAUAAUUUCGAAUGCAAAUUAAAAAACGGUUAUGCUGCAUGCGUGUAA